UCAUUCCAUCUCUCUAUGCCAGUGGAAGUGGCCACCAAGGCCAACCCAUGGGAUGGGAAGACGCUGAAGCCAGAGAGUGUGCGCUCCCAGCUGGACACRUCCCUGGAGAGGCUGCAGAGGAAGAGUGUGGAGCUCUUCUACCUCCACGCUCCUGACCACGGGACCCCGGUGGAGGAGACCCUGCGUGCCUGCAAUGAGCUGCACAAAGAGGGAAAGUUUAAAGAGCUUGGCCUGUCAAACUAUGCCGCAUGGGAGGUGGCAGAGAUCUGUGCCAUCUGCAAGUACAACAACUGGGUGAUGCCAACGGUGUACCAGGGAAUGUACAACGCGACCACGCGCCAGGUGGAGGCUGAGCUGUUCCCCUGCCUGAGGCACUUCGGGCUGCGCUUCUACGCCUACAACCCRCUGGCAGGGGGGCUGCUGACCGGCAAGUACAAGUACGAGGACAAGGACACACGCCAGCCCACUGGGAGAUUUUUUGGGAAUGACUGGGCACAGGCCUACAGGGACAGGUACUGGAAAAAACACAAUUUUGAGGGAAUUGCACUGAUAGAAAAAGCUCUGAAGGAGGCUUACGGCUCCAAUGCGCCCAGCCCGGCAUCUGCUGCACUGCGCUGGCUCUACAACCACUCCAAACUGCAGGGUUCUCUUGGAGAUGCGGUGAUCAUCGGGAUGUCCAACCUGGAGCAGCUGGAGCAGAACCUGAACUACAGCGAGGAGGGUCCCCUGCUGCCGGCCGUGGUGCAGGCGUUUGAYGAGGCCUGGAACAUGAGCGCACACGACUGCCCCAACUACUUCCGCUAGGGAAGGCCUGGAACACCCAGCUCAGCUCUGCAARCAGAAGAGGUACUCCCCACCCUGCCCUCUCAUCCACGUGGGGACAGGUGGAGGAUUUUUCCUGAAUCAGUGAAGCUUUGUAGGAUCCACACCYGUGCCUUAGUCAUUCCUCCCUCCCAGCCCCUCAGCUCCCCCAGCACAACCCGUGAUUCAGGAUGCAGCUGAUCAGGAAAAUGAACGUGUUAAUGGGGUCAAGACCCCUGUUCUGAUUUAAUGUGAAAUCUUAAAUGAUUACAUACAAGAAUAAAACCUCUUUAUAAUGCAGACCUCAUCUGUGCCUGGAACCUGGCAUCUCUUUGGCAUCACCUGRAGACUGGGAAUCUCAGCAUUACACAAUGGUUUGGGUUGGAGAAUCCUUAAAUCUCAUCUGAUUCCACCCCCUGCCAUUGACAGGGACACCUUCCUCUAUUCCAGGUUGCUCCAAGUCCCAUCYAACCUGGCAUUGCACAAGUCUAGGGAUGAGGCAAAAUUCCAAGGAUUGAGCUAAAAAUCUUCUGUCAGAAUAACCAACCUUCAACAUCUUUCCCAUKGUGCCRUAUCAGAGUUGCAUUACAUUUCCACCCUUUCUGC